GGUGAAUUAACCUAUAUAGCCAUACCAUGGAACAACAUGAGAGUAAUUUUUUUUUUUGAGAGUAAUUUUUAAAAUGAGGCAUAUUUACACUAGUUGACUAAAAGGUGUUUCCACAAUUUUUUGGUAAGUAAUUGCUUUAUUACAGAGAUGUAUAUGUACAAAAUUUCAUUUUUGUUAAAGUAAUGAUCACAUGCAUUUGUGUGUAUAUGUGUGCAUGUGAUUAGAUGAGCAUGGAAACAGGUAACAAGAAUAUACACCAAGCUGUUAAUAUUGGUUACCUCAAAGGGAGGGAGAAAAGGAGAAGCAUGAGAUAAGUGCGGGGAAAGACUGGGAUAACAGAAAAAUGUAAAUGCAAUGUAUAUGGUAUAAAACUAUGUAUUUGUGUAAACAUGUGAUAACCAUGAAUGAAGGGAUGGUCUCCAAAAAGUUAAUGACAUUCAUUUCAGAUUUUUUUGAGAAUCCAGUGUUUUUUUGUUUGUUUUACCUUUCUGUGUUUUUCCAUAUUUUUCAGUUUUUCUUUCCAGUGAGCAUGUAAUAUUUAUGUAAACAUUGAAAACCUAUUUUUUUGUGAAGCUAAUUUUUUUUUUUUCCUGUGGGCACCUGUCAUGUCCCAGGAAUUACCCUGGAUGCUGAAUAUUCCUUGGCAGGGCAGGAGUGGUCAUGGAUCUUAAGAGCUUGGGAACUGGUUUGGAUGCUGCCUAAAUUCCAAAGAAAUUAUCCAGUGUUUCACCACCACCCCUCACUCUCUCAGUUUCAUUUGGAGGAGGUAAUAGAAAUUUCAGGUAGAUGCAAAGUAUAUCCAAGAAUAUCUGGAACUUGUGUCCAGGUUAUAGACCAGAAGGCUUGCAAGCCUCAGGACAAGUUCCACUUUCAACAUGGCACCAAAGGAGAUCACAGUGGUGAAAAGGUCUGUGUACAGCUCCACACAGCACUGCAUUACUGGAGUAUAGAGAGGGAAACAGCCAAGGACUCCCAAGUUCAUUUUAAAGUAUUAGAGGGCCCAGAAGUGGGCACCGGUCCAGGUACUGGCCCUCCCUUGGUGCUGUCGGGCCCGGAGCCGUCUGCAAGCCCCUAGUUGUUGCUCCUGGUUCUUUCAGGUCUACGUGUCUGUUGUUCCCAGCUCUCUACUGGCCUAUAGAAAGAGGAGGAACCUGUCCAGAAUCCCCGCAGGACAGGAAAAGGAGGGGACACUCAACAUGGAAAAACUCUGCAGUGAAAAUGAAGCAAAGCCUGAGAACCAAGGCAAGAUGGAAAACGAACAGCCACUGGAUGCAGGAAAACCAGGAGCAGCUUCUACUAAGGAAGACAAAGAAAUGUUAGAAAACAAGGGAAGGACAGAUCACAAGGGAAAGACAGAUAAGGUAGUAUUAAAGGUUAAGGAAAGGCCAGAGAAUGAGACAAAGCCAAAAAAAGGAAACCCAGAGAGCCAAGGAAAGCCAGUGAGUGAGGAAAAAGCAAAAGAAAGAAAAGCAGAGAGUGAGGGGAAGCCAGAGAGUGAAGGAAAGCCAGUGAGUGAGGGAAAACCAAAAGAAGACAAGCCAGCCAGCGAACCAAGGGAACUAAGGGCUGGAGGAAAGCGCCCAGCUGGGGAGGAUGUACCCAGGAAGGCCAAAAGAAAAACCAACAAGGGGCUGGCUCAGUGUCUCAAGGAAUACAAGGAGGCCAUACAUGGUAUGCAUUUGAGCAAUGAAGAGAUGAUAAGAGAAUUUGAUGAGAUGGCCAGGGUAGAGGAUGAGGUGAAGAAAACCAGACAGAAAUUGGGGGGGUUUAUGUGGAUGCAAAAAAAGUUUACAGGACCCCUUCCACCCAUGGGGCCCACAGGAACUCAGGGGUGGCUGUAGGGCCCCGCAAAGGGGCUUUGAAGACAUUCCUUUUGUGUAGUGCCUCUGGCAGGCAUUUCCCAGGCCUUGUGCUUUAUUUAAACUUAUGCUAAUCCUAUACUUUAGGUGUCGCUCUCAUUAUUCAACUGCAGCCCUCUGUUUCAGUAGCAGAUUUUCAUCCAUUGCAUGAAAAAAUGUUUAUGGUGCAUUGUAAAAUUAAAAACAAAAAUAGUUUUCAGAACCAUAUAUAUGGCAUCAGUCCAUUUUUUGUAAAACUACAAAGAUACUUUACUAGUGAUCCAUGUACAGGAAAAACUGAAAACUGUCUACUAAAAAUCAACAGUGGUUAAAAAAAUAAAGUAUUAGAAAUACUUUCCAAUACUUAGUAUUGGAAAUACUAAGAGAGUCCUGCAGUCAAAAUGGGAACCCAGAGGCUGUAAUCCUGGUCCCAGAAGGCCCUAACAGACCAUGGACCUAACCCCUGAAAAGGACAAGGCAUGUAGGGCAACACUUUAAUGGAGACUGAAGGAAAGUCAGAUUUCCUCCCACAAUGUUGUGAAGGGGAUCUCGGGUGAGUGAUGGGAACUGUCUCCCUAAAAUGAAUUUGACAUUGUGGUUAAAAUGACUAUUUUGAUUGAAUUUUAAUAGUGAAAUGUAUUAACUAUUACUAGAUGUGUCUUCUUUGGACAAAACGUACCACUUUCUGAUUGGAAAGUUUUGAGGGUCUAACCCUGAAAUACUACCCUUAAGAAACAAUAUUGUCAAACAGUCUGCAUGACAUGAUACCAACUCUGUUGGCUGUUCCUCUCUGCCUUCAAACCCUCAUCACAUCUAUACCCCAUCUGCCUUACCUCCCCAGGAAAAGAGCAAAGCAGUAUGGUCAGCAGGUUAAAGUGACAUUAGAACUGAAAGAUGUCCUUCGGACUUGGGGGCACAGAUAAUUCAGGGCACCUUUACUAGAGCAGUUCCAUGAACUGGAAGGUGCCAGAGCCUGGUUCCAGGGUGUAGUGUUAUCAUGUUAGAGGUUUAAUCUGCAUCACCUUACGCUCUACUGAUGUUGAGUCCGUUUCUAGGUGUUUACUGGCUUCUUGAAUAUCCUCUCUUGAGAAGUGCCAUUUAAGACUUUCUCCCAUUUUUGAAUUGAUAACUCUUUCUGGUUAUUUGCAGGUUAUUAGAAUGUCUUUCUAUAUUAUAGAUAUAGUUUUCUUUCAGUUUGUGUCUGCAUGGUGUGUUAGGCAGAAUUCUAAAUUGCUCACUAAACUUCUGGCCCCUGGUAUGCAAGAGGUUCCCAGUUACUCGGUCAAAGACUAAUCUAGGUACUUUUGUGAAGGGAUUUUGCAAAUAUAACUGAAGUCCCAAAUCAGUUGACUCAGAAUAAUGAAAUUACCCUCAGUGGGCCAGACCAAAUCAGUUGAGAUCUUAAGAAGUGUGGGGCUCCUCCUAGUGAGUGAGAUUGGGAAUAUGAGGAGGAGUCAGUGUGAGCCAUGUUCUUCAUUGCUGACCUUGAAGACAGAGGGGCCACAUGACCAGGAAUGUGCACCCUGUAGGACCUGAGAGCAGCUUGUGACUGAGCCCAGCAAGGAAACAGGAACAUCAGUCCUGUAACUGCAAGGAGCUGAAUUUUGCUAACAAGUUGAUUUAGCUCAGAAAUGGAUUCUUCCUCAGCCUUCAGACAAGAAUCAACCCAGCUGACUCCUUGAUUUCAGCCUUUGAGACCUGAGCAGAGAACCCAACUUCACUGUGCUUGGACUCCUGACCCACAGAGCUGUGGGCUAAUAAACAGUUGUUGUUUUAAGCCACUGUUUCCAUUAAUGCGUUAUGCAGCAGUAGAAAGCAAAUAUACACGAUAUAUGUCUUUCUCCUAUUUUUUACUUUUAACCUAAUCUGUGUCCUUAUAUUUACAGUAUGUCUCCUGUAAGCAGCAUCCAUUUAGGGUCUUUAUCUAGUCUGACAAUCUCUGUAGUUUAAUUGUUGAGUGUAAUCCAUUUUAAUUUCAUGUAAUUACUCAUUGGGUGUAAUUCUGCUUGUAUUACCUUGUUUCUUCCGUUUCUCCUUUCUUGCUUUUCUUUGUAUUAAUUAAAUA